AUGGAUUUCGUUCGUAAAAUGGUAUCAAAGAAGAAGAGAAGAUUUGAAUGGGGAACAUUCGAUCUUGAUCUCACCUAUAUCAACGAUAGGAUCAUUGCUAUGGGUUUUCCGAGUGAAUCAAUCGAAGGUCUUUAUAGAAAUAAUAUGAAAGAUGUAUGUCGUAAUGUCCAUUUCUAUAGGGAUAUAUCACUAAUAUUAAUAAUCCAUUCUUUCUGGACAACUUAUUGUAGGUACAAAGAUUCUUUAAUACUCUUCAUAAUGGACAUUAUAAAGUUUAUAAUUUGUAUAUGUAGUGAAAGAAAAUAUUCACAUGAUAAAUUUGCAAACAAUGUUUCGGAAUAUCCAUUCGAUGAUCAUAAUCCUCCAGCUUUGGAGGUCAUUGUUAAAUUCUGUGAGGAUGUGGAGAGUUGGCUGGAGGAGCAUCCUGAGAAUGUCGCUGCCAUUCACUGUAAAGCCGGAAAGGGAAGAACUGGAACUAUGAUUGCCUGUUGGCUUCUCUAUAACAGAUCGUGUCAGACCGGUUCGGAAUCGAUUAGAAUGUUUGGCAACAAGAGAACACACAAUGGCAAAGGUAUCACUAUCCCGAGCCAAGCGAGAUACGUCCGUUACUUUGAAGCACUGCUCCAGUAUGGCAAACCGAUUCCACCCGUUCCAAACCAUGUCACUAAAAUCCUCUCGACAAUUCGUAUCAAUCCACUGCCAAACUUUAAUAUCUCUGGUGGAUGUGAACCAUAUCUCUCGAUUGGACAACAAGAUAAAUCGGUAUUCUAUACCAAACCAAUGGGAACAACCAUUGUUGAGAUUGAUUGUGGAAAUAUAAUAUUGUCAAGUGAUGUAAAAAUACAAUUUUAUAAUAAGAAUUCAAAGGGACAUAUGUUUAGUUUUUGUUUCCAUACUGCUUUUAUUGAAGGUUCUAAAAUGCAUAUUAGAAGACAGGAAAUCGAUAAAGCACACAAAGACUCUACACAUAAACAUUUCCAUCCAAAUUUUUCGAUUGAACUACAGUUUGCAGAAGAUCUUGAAGAUGAAUUCGAUGAAAUUACAUUACAAGAUAGUUCUACAUCUUCAGAUUCAAAUAAUAAUAAUAAUAAUAAUAAUAAUAAUAGUAAUCCAUUUUCAACAACAUUCCAAACUGGUCUUACAAAAUUAUACAACAAUAAGACAACCAAUGUUUCCAACAACAACAAUAACAACAACAACAACAAUAGUAAUCCAUUAGUAAAAUCAACCGAUCAACAACAACAAUCAAAACAAACAGAUAACAAUAACAAUAAUAAUAACAAUAGCAACAGAGAUAGAAAUCAAUCAAUUAAACUAUUUACAUGUCCAAAAUGUAAUGAAAUGAUAUAUCCAACCGAUGUAUCACUUAACGACGGUCAGAAUAACUACCAUUGGAGGUGUAUGAAGUGUAUGAGAUGUCAGAAAUCACUUUUAAAUGAAAGUGAUUGUUUAUUCCAAGAGAAUGGUGAUAUUCAUUGUGCUGAUUGUGCUACGAAUAGUGGAUUUUUCAAGCAAUGCAGUGGAUGCUCAAAAGUUAUAAAGACAUCGGAUUUUGAAGAGGUUGGUGAACUCAUUUUCCACAGAUCAUGUUUCUGUUGCUCGGUGUGCUUCAACUACCUCUCGAAUCAAGAGUUUAUCAUUAAAGACAAACUUUUAGAGUGUAUCAAGUGUAUCGAGAGAGAGAAGAACUUUUAUAAAGGAUUAACCUUGAGCGACAAGGUUAUGAAGAAUCUGACGUUGGAUGAUGAUAAGUCGACUACAAUAAAACCAACAACACAACAACCACAACAACAACAACAACCAACACCACAACCCAUUAAACCUGAAGCAACAAUCAAUACAUCAAUAACAAACGAUAAACAACAAGAAGAAGAACAACAACAACUAGAUGACAAUAACAAUAAUUCAUUAAUAACAUGCCAAAAAUGUCGGAAGAGUGUUGGAUUACGUCCACUUAUUUUAGAUAUUGGUGUAUGGCAUAAAAAUGAGAAACCAAUAUGUUGUGACUGUGACAAGAAAUUAAAUAAAAUAGAUGAAUUCUAUUGUCAUGCAUGUAAAUUGGUUAUUAGUGAUGAAGAGAUGAUGGAAGCAAUCGGUGAGAAAUGGCAUGUCGAUUGUUUGGUUUGCUCUGUUUGUAGGAGACAGAUCGAUGGUCCUUUCGGCGAUGAGAACGGUACCAUCUAUUGUAAAGAACACUAUGAAGAGAUCUUUGGUACAAAGUGUACUGCUUGUAAUAAUAUUAUUGUCGGUACCUAUCUCAAAGUAAAUGGUAAGAAUCUACAUAGUCGUUGCUUCAAAUGUUAUAUUUGCGACGAUGUAUUAGAAGGUGGAAAGUACUACUCUAGAGGCGCCGCAGAAGUCUGUGAGAGGUGUAGACACGUCGAGAUUCAAAAGAGAAGAACUCAAAUUCAAUUGAUCGGUUCAAGAAACACAUUGAAUAUGAGUAACAAUUCAAAUUUAAGAUUAUCAAAUAAUAAUCUUAAUAAUAGUAUUAAUAAUAGUAAUAGUAAUAAUAGUAAUAAUAAUAGUAGUAAUAAUAAUUUAAAUACAUUGACAACACCUUCGAUUUUAUCGAAUAGUAGUGCAGUCUCACCAUCUAGCUCACCUUCACCACCAUCGGAAUCAUAUCUUCUCGUCAAGAAACCAUCACCUACCAGACAGUCGGUUCGUGUCAAUAUCAACGAUAUCAAAGGUGGUUUUGUUAGUGGAUUCGGUAGCUUCAGUGCACCCGAUAAGAAACCAACCGCACAAGUAUUCCCAUCUUUCCACAGACAAAUGCAAAGAAUUGUCACCUCCAACAACAACAAUAAUAAUAACAAUAACAAUAAUAAUAAUAAUAAUAAUAUUGCUAACAACUCAACACCUACAACAUCACCCUUUAGAGCUGCAAGACCCACCAAGAAUAACACUCUACGAAGAGAUUUCUUAUCGACACAACAACAACAAUAUUGCUAA